CUCCAACCUCCUCCCUUUCCACCUGCCCCUCUGGUCGCUCUCCUGCGCUGCGAGUGCUUUUGGCGUCGAUUUCACUUACAAGUCCUGUCGCCGCGUUUUUACGUGAUAUUUUGAUCUUAUCUCCUCCCUUUGAUUCUCCUUUCGCCAAUACCCUCAGGCGCCAAAGCAACCCGACUCACCGAUACCGUUUGUUUUCUGGCUUCGUCGCGUCACCCACCUUUGGCUGGAAGAGACUUCCACCACGAAUCACCCCGCCCAAUGCGGGUAUCGCUACAUAUCUUGGAUAUUCAUUUGCAUUGGACACAUUGAGUGAUUAUCUGGUUUUGAUACCUUUUUUACCAUGUUCUAUUCGGAGACCUUGCUGUCCAAGACCGGGCCUCUGGCCCGUGUCUGGCUGUCCGCCAACCUGGAGCGCAAACUAUCGAAAUCGCACAUCUUGCAGUCCGACAUCGAGAGCAGCGUUAGUGCUAUCGUAGAUCAGGGACAGGCUCCCAUGGCUUUGCGACUGAGUGGCCAGCUACUACUCGGUGUCGUUCGCAUCUACAGCAGGAAAGCGCGCUACUUACUCGAUGAUUGCAAUGAGGCUUUGAUGAAAAUUAAGAUGGCAUUCCGUCUCACGAACAAUAAUGAUCUGACGACUAGUGCUGUUGUCGCCCCUGGCGGAAUCACUCUGCCAGAUGUUUUGACCGAAUCCGAUUUGUUCAUGAAUCUUGAUUCAUCGCUACUCUUGCCGCAACCUCUUUCACUAGAGCCAGAGGGAAAGCGACCGGGGCCAUCGAUGGAUUUUGGGAGCCAACUAUUUCCCGAUACUGGACUGCGACGCUCUGCUUCUCAGGAACCUGCACGUUUAGAGGAUCCUGGCGAUCUUGAUCUUGAUCUUGGACUCGAUGAGACAGAUCUGACUUUGCCCUAUGAUUUCAGCAUGGAAGUGGGACGAGAUGCCCCCGCUCCGCGUCCUAUGGAAGAAGACAACUUUAGUGAUGCCGGCAAACUUCUUGAUGCUGAUGCCGGCGACCUAGGGCUAGACUUUGGAGAUAACGACGCUCCGGCUGGGAAGAUGGACUUGGGAGCGGAUGAUUUGCAGGACGAUUUCUUGCAUCCGGAUGAACCAAUGGGUUUCGGCGAUGACACUGUGGUUGCGGAUGGCGGGGAUGAGCGAUUUGAGCGCGAGAGUACCUUGACCGAAGCCUCCGACGACAUGAUGGAACGCCUAAACCCAGAACUUGACAGUGGCUUCCAGCCUCAUGAGGGCGAUGAGGAGGACGAUGCAGUCGUUCAGCAUGCGCAACGCGCCAAGCGGAGAAAGCAACUUCCUAUAAUUGAGGCCGACAAGGACAUUGAGUUCAAAGGCAGCACCUACUUCAAAAUACAGCAAGCGCAGCUCUCUGAAAGCCUGAAGCCUGCAUCUUUCUUGCCCCGCGAUCCUGUUCUUCUAACCCUCAUGAAUAUGCAACAGAAUGGCGAUUUUGUCACCAAUGUUAUGGCUGGUGGCCGCGGCCGCGGCUGGGCUCCUGAGAUCCGUGAUUUGCUCUCCUUUGAAACUGUCAGGAAGGCUGGCGAGCUAAAACGUAAGCGCGACAGUGGAAUUUCGGAUAUGGACGUUGAUGCCGCCACUGGCCCAGCUCUGGAACUUGAAGAAGAAGCGAUUGUUCCGGUUGACGAGGGAGUCGGUCUUGAAUCAACCCUACACCAGCGCUCUGAGAUCGAAUUUCCUGGCGAUGACCGUGACCAGCUCCACCUUAGUGAUGACGAAGGUCUCCAGCAGCCAUUGGACGAUUUUGACGACACCAUUGAGCCCGUCGACAACAACCUAGUGUCAGUCGGCACAAAACGCGCGGUGCAUGUCCUGCGUGAUUGCCUUGGCGAUGCGGACCAGAAGAAGGCCGUCAAAUUCCAAGACCUCCUUCCUGAGAAGAAGGCUUCCAAGGCCGAUGCGACGAAGUUGUUCUUCGAAACUUUGGUUCUGGCCACCAAGGAUGCCGUUCAAGUUGAGCAACGCUCGAACACUGUCGGCGGGCCGAUCAAGAUACGCGGUAAACGUUCACUGUGGGGCUCAUGGGCCGAGGAGGACGCCAAUGGUGAAAACAUCAAUCCCUCGACUCAGGUCGCGGCUUAGAUCAUUCUUGUAUGGCGGUUUAUUACGGUUUUCCUGUACAGUUAUAAGUGUGAUAUCUUCUCCCUGUCUUCUUGCUUUUCUUUUUUUGCUUAUUCCCAUCCGGCUCUUUGGUUGAAACGGGUUUUAGGAGCUGGAACAUGUUGGAUUACCUCCUCACCCCUGGCCCUUUUUUUUUUUUUUCUUUUU